ACAUAUUCCACACGACCUGCUUUAAAAAAUGCGGGGCACCAAACUCUCGUUGGUUUUCUCAUUUCUGCUCAUCGGAGUUGGCACCGUAACUGCUGAGCUCGAGAAGCAGUACAGCAGCGAAUGGCCGAUCCCUUUCAAACAAAAUGCGCAGACUCUUCCCUCGAUUGAGGUGAAGCUAGCUCCACCUGAGGAUCCUUUGCCCCAAGUGACCGGGGAAAUACAACUUCUUGAAAGAGCGCGAAUGAGACUCGAGGAGGGGCUGAUGGCAAAACUGGAAGACGAAUACAAUCGGCAGCUUGACAAUUCGCAAAUACAGAUUUCUGGUGCUCUAGAAAGGGCGAUGAGAGUAUUCAACAGCCCAAACAUUCUCCGAAGUGCUGUCAAAUCAUCUAUGAGACCGCUCACCACAGCGUCAGCCGCCGCCCCGGAGUUUCGGCAGCUUCCAAACAGAAAGGACACCAUACCCAACAAGUUAACGUACAAUGAUGUGAAGAAGCAUGUGAAUGGCCCCAUACCGAUCACCCCUGCGGUUUCUGCCACUUCGUUUCUUGAAACGAGUGCAACUGCCACGGCUUCCUCUAAGAGCCGUUUCCUUAAUAUGCUUGGAGCAGCGGAAACGCUUCCAUCCGUGAAAGUUGAGCUGACGAGUAUAAAGGAGCCCAGCCCGCAAAUAAAGGAGAAGAUGGAUGAAAUAGAAGAACUUCGGGCAGAUGAGGAAACCAGGAUGUUUCAACAAGCGAUCGCAGAAUUUGAGCAACUCACCAAAAUAACGGUGCAGGAACUCGAAAAAAACAUACAGAUCCAGAUGAAUCCCUUUCUCGUUGAUACGGAGGCUGUGGGAAGCGCCAUACAAGAGCAGUUAAGUGCCUCUGCCCCAGCUUCACGAACAGUAUCGUUUUUGGAGGUUGACGACGAAGGAGCGCCAUUUCUAGGCAGAAAAUGUGAAGAACUGCGAACUCGGUACCCGGGCUUCAAGGUCGAGUGCCCACAAGGAAAACAAGCAAAACCAGCAGCCCCACAAGUUUCGUUUCUUGAACUCAGAGACACCGAAACUACAGAACAACAUAAUACACUAAUUGGUUCUGAAACGGAAAAACAGCUCAAUGUCAAAGUGACCCAGUCUGACAAGCCGUACCCGACAGUAGACGAACUCGUCAGUGACAUGCAGAAAAAAAGGGACGCAACUGAAAGGCUAGAGAGAAUGAAGAUCUUAGAAUUGCAACUGAAGUUGCUGAAGGCACAGGACGAAAUGAUCAAGGACGGUUUGCAUACGUCUGUUGCGCGCGUGCUUGCGCAGUACGCCCCAGCUGUGGAGGCUGUCAAGGCGGAAAUCGCCAUACGUAGCAUUCGCUAAACGAAAAGACCGGCAUCCUCCGGUGGCGUGCGUCGAGGCGAAGACGAGGGAGGGAGGGGGUCGAAAUCUAUACCCACUUGAGUAUAUCCUUGAUAAGGAUAUUCCAGACAAGGUCGAUGAGCACCUCGACGCAGAUUAGGUAUAUGACGAUCCAUUCGAGUUUAUAUCCGUGCUGAACGAAGUCGCAUAAAUGGGUACUCAACUGGAUUCCUCACUGUGUUACCGAUCAGUUAGCAAGUAGCUAGCUCACGCCAAUGCUGAACGACAUACUGAUGACUUUUUCGUGGACGGGCGGCACUCUGGUUCCUACCUGAAUUGUUAGCUCAUUGUUCAGCAUAUCGUAUAGAUCCUUGAUAAUGUCUAACCUGCACAGAGAAAAACUCAUAGAACAAACACCUGACGAAACUGUUAGUCACACGCGGGA